CAAAUGUUUUGGUGUAGAAGAGAGCUUCCGUAGUUUCAGAGUAGGUUAGUGCUGAAGAGCAUAAUGCUCGAAUCUGGAGUGAAACGUCCGCUCGAGCAAGCCGAAUCGAGUGUGUUUGUUCCUCCUCUAGCCAAGAAGAGCAAACAGGAUGAAGCUGAGCGAAGACUGAUCACGAUUUCAUGCGAACAUAUGGCCAAACGUGACCUAAAGAUUCUUCGUUCGCUGAACAAGGAGGACCAGAUGAUAUUCCUGAGUCAGUCACAGUGGCAGCGGGUACUGAAUCUGGUUCCACUUUUGAAAGACGACAAGAACGAUGCGGGUCGUUAUGAAUACAGCCUUCUCCUCGCAGAAUUAGGAAGACGAGGUGUUGGGCCGAUUGAUAAGGACUGGUCUUGGAGUUCCCCUGUUCCAGUACUUCCCGGCUACUCGUCCUCAGAUUUUCCUUCCUUCAGCUCCUUCAUAACCGAUAAUAUACCAGUAGAGGAGGAAUGUACUCGGAUUGCUGAGCUUUGUGCGAAGCUUCGGAAGAAGACGGAUAGCCGCAGCAACAAAGAAGAUCAAAAAAUUCAGCCCGCUGAUAAAGAUACUGUUAAUGAGACACAAACCACCUACAAAACGGCACCACCUCUGAAUCUUCGUAAAGAGAUUAGAGACGAACGAGAGCAACUUUUGGUGGAUAUGGCAGCCAGCAGACUCUUCACCUUGGCAUUUUCUGCUGAUGCAUCCGCCGGAUCGUCUCGAUAUGAUGUUGCUUCUGACGCCAUUCUUUGGUCGAUCGAUUUAACGUUCCAUCUGGAUACCAAGGAUGGUCCGAAAGAGGAAACCUUCGUUGUUCAUGAUACCAGCGAAAAGGAUGCUCUCAAGCCGAACAUAGAUAGUGUUAUCUACUUCGAUGACGUCGAAGAAUCCAUCACCACCGCGUUUGCGAAAGCGUCGGAGCGCAGUAACGACUGCAUCAAUGUUUUCUCCGUAACUCCGUCUGUAUCCGGAGUCAACGGCGAACCCGAGUAUCAUCUGGUCAACGCCGAGGACACACUGCUUGAAUCUCUCAGAGGGAAGCUGGUUGUUGAUCGGCCACGAUUUCUCAUAGUUUUGAAGUCACAGUCUAUGCAAUUUUUACGAAAGCCAGGCGUACCUAAUACAACACCGCAGCAGUACAGUCAGCCAUCGCCGCUGAUGCCAAAGCCUUCCACAACAUUGCAGCCCAAUCAACCUACGUCGUUGCUUGGAAAUCCUCCCAUUUUCCCUGCACCAAAUGUCCAACCUAUGCCGACGGUAUUCGCGCAGCGGCCUCCCAGUUUAUUUGGGCCUUGCCCCUUCAACUUUGCUCAGUUGGUUCCACCGGCGCCAAGCAUUUUCGCCAACAAUACUGCGCAACUGAUUCCGACACCUGCUAUCGGUCCAACAAUAUUCGCUGGACCGUCACCGGCACAACUUAUCUCAGCAGGUGCCACUGCUUCAGCCCCUCCAUCCAGGCAAAAUCUUGUUGUACUAACAAAUGCGCCUACCAAAACUUCGACAACCAAUGCAGCAGAGAAAAGCGGUAAUACCCAAGCCCCGACGUCGCAGAAUGGUGCAGCCGAAGUCAAACAGUCCUCACAAACAGUCGAUCCCAAGGUUGCUGAAAAUGUGGCUAAAGUAAUCCCCAUUGCCACAGCUGGCACACCACCUCCACACCUGGAGCAGCUAAAACCUUUGGUCCUACGACCAGUGACGGCGAAGAAGGGAACAGGAAAGAAAUUUACUCCACUAGCUAUGGCGAAGCGAGAUGUAGAACUUAUGCUCAAAUAUCCAUGGGAAGUACAAAAGCAACUGGUAUUCAAAUUACCACUCAACAGAGCCAUAAAUUUGUCUUACCACCUGAGGAAGACUUUUCGCUCAAUGGAACUGAACAAUGUUCGCAGCCUUCUGCCGACGCGAUUUCAUAACAUUGGCAUCGACAAAAUUCCAAAUUCUUGGGAUCUUACGCAACCAUUACCUAUGCUUCCUGGUCAUGUUCCGAUAAAAAACGUGACGCCCAUAACGGAAUUUGAAAUUGAUGAAGCAGCGGAUAGUGCAAACUUCGAGCAAGUAGCGAAGUCUUUAGGACUUUCGCAGAUAAAGAAUCCCUCAAAGGAACCGUCUCCACCUUCGACGAAAGGUGCGCCUGCGUCAAGUGUCUCCUCUACUUCUUCUCCUAAACCAGCCUCGCAGUCGGAUAAACCAUCAACAUCGACUGAAGCCACACAGAAGGCAUUGUCUGCACCACCGUCCAGUUCAUCAUCUGUCAAGGCUACCUCCGCUCAAAGUGAUGAACCUCAGGAGUCCAAGUCUUCUACUACAUCAAAAGCUACGGUGAUUGAAUUGCCGCCAUCAGAAAUGGCUUAUCGAGAUUACUUACACCUGAAAGAAAUUCCAUUGGCUGAGAUGAGGGUUACAAUAGACAGUAUGCAGCUUGUUCGGUUGGUGAAUCUUGGCUACUACAUAAAAAAGUAUCCACCUAAAAUGGAAAAACGAUCUCCAAUAAAUACAAUAAAAUCCCUUUUGUUUGAUAGAUUAUCUAAGUUGGGAGUUGGAAGGCUCGAGGGUUGGAAUCGAUCACUUUCAAAUAUUCCUGGGCUGAAGAGGACCUCGAAAUUUGGUAGGCUGCCGAAAACGUUUCGAGAUGUCCGACUUCCUGGCGAGGCUGACAGUUAUGUUUGGCCUGGAUUACCUGAAGAGGAGAGAGAAAAAGAGAGAUUGCUGAUGCAAGCGGAAAAAGAAGGAGCAAAGGCUGCGCUAGAACUACAGGAAAGAGAAGCGGCAAAGGCAAAGGGCUGCACUCCUUCGAAAAAUGUGAAUUCUUCCUCAUCAAAGCCGGAGGUGCCGAAAGUAUUGACGAAGGAGCUACCAAGAGAGUUGCCGAAGUUCUUCCCAAGCAUCGGAAAUUUGUUGAAAAUGGUUCGUGGUCAAGGAGUUUACUACUACAUUUCAUCAGACACUAAAGGAGCUCAGUCACAGAAAUGCAAGUGCGAGUAUGACGCUAGUAAAGACUCAAUUCGCUGGUCACUAGAAAUCACCCUAGAAGUGUGCAAACACGACGCACAUCAAGUGGAAAAAUCCUAUGCGCAUUAUAUGGAUGGCAAGGACAGCCUUGAGUCUAUACUUAGCAAACACCUUGCUACGAAUCCUGACAAACAUCUUGCUGCUGAGUUCAAACAAACAAUGAAAGAAAAUUCCAUGAAAUUUUUUGAGAUGAGCUUGAUGCUGCCGAUAAUCAAAGAGAGUCAGAUGGUGCAGCUGGAGCGGGUAGCUGUCGACUACAAGCUUCCGUUGUUAGAUGCUAUAAAGUCAAAAGUGGUCGUUGACUGUCCUCGCUUUAUUGUAAGAGAUGUAAGAGGUUUCAAACAACCUCCACCUCAGGGAUUGGUGAUCGACGUGGAUACUCCUCUGUUUGUACUGGGAGGAUCUUCGGUAUCCCCUGGCUCCGCCCACGCGUUUUCAUUCAAGGACUUCGCGAUGAAAGCAGUAGAAGAUAAUGCAGAUUUUGUCCAGGCAGAGAAACCAGUGGAGGAAGCCGCCUUCUCGAUGACACCUCUCUGGGUGGCUUCAAAUGAUCGAGAACUACUAAAAACUUUAGCACCGGACGAUCAAAAACUCAUUAUCAGCCUGAUGCCAUGGGACAGGUUGGUUGCGCUUAUACUUCAUCUGCGGUUGUUGCAAGAUCCAGAUGCUGUCAGUCUUUUGAUUUUGUGUAAUCCUCAGUUAGCAAAACUUGGGAUUGCUGAUCUUCCACGCUUUUGGACAACAGCAGAGAAAGUUCCCAUUCUUCCUGGACAUCCGUCAUCCGCUUUCAAGUCAUUCUCGAUGUUCAACUUGGCCGAGGCGCCACUAGUUUCAAAAACCAUGACGGAUGUCAGGUACUUGGUGGAAGAAGUGACAGCAUUGCGCAGCACUAUCGAUGUUCCUGAAGUAUGUAUGCGCUUCGAACCAAACUCCUACCGCGAGCAACGUCUUUAUGCGGAAGCGCACAACCGUGAUGUACAUUUUGCGUUCUCAUUGUCGCCUGACAUUGAAGACCAGGAACGCUCGCACUACGACUUUACCACUAGAACAAUAUUAUGGUCAGUCGAAAUCGUGUGCUUUAGGGAUAACAAUGGGACUGUACAGAGAGACACGCAGUUUCUACAUGGACUGUCGGAAAAAACUUCAAUAGACGAGAUGGUGAGACAAGCUGUACUGCAACUUCGAAAGGAUAAGGAAAACAUGGAUCGUUACGGCUCAGUAUUUCUUGAUGAAGCCACACGUUUUGUUGAUGUUCUUUAUAUGCUACCACGAAUUCAGAAUUCGAAAUUUGAUUUUGAAAGAUAUCAAAAAACGAAGAUGUCCACGUCAUUGCUGGAGAAUCUCAAAGGAAAAUUAGUUCUCGAUCAUCCGAGAUUUAUGAUUGUGCUCAUCGAUCAAGUGACUAUGUUUUCGUCAAAGAUGCUCACACAAGCUCAAGAAAAAAGUCUAUUUGAAUUCGAGAAAAUACAGCGUGACCUCGCUCAAACCCCCAAUACUGGACCACAGUUCCUGAAUCUAUUUGAUCUCGUGCAUAAAAAUCUCACGAUGGAGCUGAAUCGCAUACGCACGCUGGACCCCGGGAAAGCAGAGCAACACAGGAAGAGAAAACCACCACCUGUAACUUAUGUUCGAUCGGAGGCUCAUCUCAACUCUCCUAUUCCAUAUGAAGUUCCUUCUCCUGCGAAUUGUCAUUAUGGACCACAGAAAAUUUUACCCCAACGUGAAAUGACUUUUAACGAAUUGAAACAUGCUGAAGACAUGAUCGCAAUGGGAUGUCACCGGAAUAUGCAUGAAAUUACACAACCUCUAAAUUCAUGUCGUGCUGUCCCAUUUCUCUCUCGCAUUGCCCAGUACUGGGGUUUUAAACUCAAAGAAGAGAUUUCCCUAGAUGCAAACAAAAACACCAGAAUGGUAGUACACUUCGAAGGACUUCCGAAACUCGUGACUAUGGGUCAGUGCAAUAGCGACGGGCUUUUAUCAGCAACGGUUGGAGCUCACACUUCUGUCAUAGCUGCACUCUGCUAUAUGCUCAUAGUCCCUUUCGAAAUGUGGAAAACUGUCAUGGAUGCGCCAUCGGAGAAAUGGAUUGACCCAGUGAUAUAUGCUUGCAGAGAGCGCUUUGCACACUUGAUGACUCUUAUAUAUUCAGGUGACUUUCUCAAACUUAUUGAGUUUUCGGGAGAUCUAGAAGCACCGAUGUCACCCGAAGUGGCUGAGAUCUGGCAUCGUUUCAUGCACAAAAUCCGUAGCAGCGGAAUUUGGUACUGGGAGAAAAAUCGUGAUAUUCAAAUCCCUCUUGGUAUCGCAUCAGUGGAUUUCACGACAUAUCCUGGAUCGUACUUUCGAUUCGCUAAAUGUGAAAGCGUUAUUGACUGGACGGUUAUGAAGCCGAAAACUGGCUGGAACAAUGUCGGAGCUGCGCUGGUGUCCGCAGAUCCUGUACCGAUAGCAAAAUAUAGUGAGCAGGAGUAUGAAACUGGACUUUUGCCAGCACGAAUCAAGUCCACAGGAGCUCCUGUUUGUCCCGUGACGGGUGCCGAAAACUGGCACGAGCCAGUAAUGGCAUUGCCUCAGGAUGCAUUGGUGCAGAUCACUGCGAGGGACUGUGAAACUCGUGGAGAUAAAGUCGGGUCUAGGUUUAUAAAUCCAGUCAACAGUAGAUUACUGGAGGAAAUCAGCAAGAGGCUAAAAUGCAAGAUUCUGCGUACACAUCUUGUCCAGUGGGAGAGUAACAGCCAGUUCACAAACUGGUUCCACCUUGUCAACGUAAAACUCGAAGGAAUUGCUCCAUUCUUCCUUCAAGGUCUUGGAAAGCAUGUCAAAAUCAAGAAAGCUUCUCAAAUAGCUGAUUCCUACAUAAUAUCAAGUUUUUGCCGCAUGGGGAUCAUUCCUUUGGAAAUGUAUAAUUUGAUACAUAAGUUUGGAGAGGAGUGGAUUGAUCCGGUUCUGUAUGUUUGUCGUGAACGAUUUGCUAUAUUCCAAAAACUAAUCAACAACCCCGUAUUCUACUCACUGAAUACCUUGGCAAAGGCAGAUCUUUACCGGACGACUAAUCAAGACGUCCCGCAUUCCAAGUUCUCAGUCGCGUACGAGUUUGCUCGAGUAAUGCGUGACACUGCCCUACGUUAUUGGUCCGAUCAUCAGCUUGUCGGGGUUCCAAAGUCAAUACCCCUUCCUAUCAGCGGAUUCAAAAGCCGAUGUUAUUUUAUCUUCGUACCUAUUGAGGGUUUUGAAAGAUGGGAUGACUUCAAACCUGCUGCAUCAGAAGUGGAGUACUUUGAAGAGAGCAGUUUACUUCCCGUCACGUCAAAAGUACCUCCUUGGGAGAAAGUGGUUGUAAAAGAGAAGAAAAAUCCUCCAAAAUGUACGUCUUUGGAAGAAGCUUGCGCAGUGUUCUACGAAGAUGUGCUCUCGGACGAAUGUGCUGCCAAUAUGCGCCAGUUCGUUGAAAGUUUGGCUAGCAGUAUCUCACGAAAGCUGAUUGUCCGUGAAGAGCAGGCAAACUCGGAGUUUUUCUUCGAGCUAAAAUUUUCGGGCGAAUCAGGUGAUCUACUGCAUGGGAGAGCACUCGACAUUGAUGAACAGGUGGCAUACAAGAUAGCCCUUUGCUCCCUGUAUCUGAAGCUUUUGAAAGGUGCCUUUGUUCUUCCAUCGCUGAACGAGUUCGUUGCUAGGCGGUUUCAAAUGGAUAUCGAAGGCGAAAACUUUGCUAUGGCACGACUUCCUUAUGUUGAGAAAGUUAUCAAACCUUUACUGCAGCGAUUUGAAAUGAUGAUUCGAAGAUAUCGGGCGCUGAUAACCGGAUGCGAAAAAUCUGCAAAGAAAAAGCUCAAUGAACAACUGCUUUCAAUGGUUCGCAGGUUGAAUGAGGAUGUUUGGCGUACACACCCUAUACCUCUUCCUUUGCAUAUUUUCCUAGAUUAUGAGGACCCUGAGGGCUGCCGAAAUAAUUUGCAAAACUUUGUGGAGAUACUCGAGCCUACUACGAUUUGGAUUGGCGAUAUCAAGUUUUCGUCUAGUACUGGUAAGAGUGACUUGUGUUCUCGAUAUGAAUAUGCUCUGACAAUGAAUGCUCUUGGUAACGAGAAAGUCACAGUAACUCUUGACGAAGAAGCUGAAGGUCUCAGCGUUCCCGAAAAACCCGUAGCAAAAGCUUUGGAGAAUAAGAAGGAGAAAAUAGUGCCACCUGCACCAGUGCAGACCGCUAAUCCAAAGCCUGCAAAGUCUUCAAAUGGGACCGGAGCUGCUGCAAAAUCCAAAGAUGUUCCUUCAACUAAAGUGGAAGUUUCUCCUGCCGCUACACCAACAGCAAAAGAACCAGCACCCGAUAAUCAGGAAAUCAAGUACAUACUGCCCUGGGAUAAGGAGCAUGCUGAAGGAGGUGGAGAUGAGGUUGAAGAAGAGGAGGGAGACGAAUAUCUUGACUGACACAUUCGAAAAAAUGCAUUUUAUAGCUUUAAUUUUAUGUACCUGAAGACUGAAAGAUGUUUUCGUUCAGUUGCAUUAUUUGUUUGUCGGUUGUGAUUUUUUUUUGUGCAUCACAAGAGCUCAGACUGAAGAUGUUAACGGUCCUUUUCAGACUUCUAUGUAAAAAAUGAUUUUGUAUCCGUGGAGCUCGAUAAACUCGAAAUACGCUAGGAAGCGUAUAUAUGUAUAUAGGCCAAUGCUGUUGUCAUUUCCAUUAUUUCCGCUGCAAAUUCUGUUCUUAUUGUCAUGUGGAACGUCUGAUCUUAUGAAGAAGUACAGGU